GUUUGUAACGAGGACAAUAAAGUUGAUUCAAACAAACAGAGUGACGUCACUACAAACAAUGGCAGCCAGCGGUUCAGCUGUAACGGUUCUGACUCCGAAUGGGAGAAGGCAAACAGUCAAAGUGGCUCCAAAUACACCUUUAUUACAGGUGUUGGAAGAUGUUUGCAAAAAACACGGAUUUGACCCCAAUGAUCACGGCUUAAAGUUUCAGAGGACUGUUCUUGACCUGACGCUGCCAUGGAGGUUUGCCAACCUUCCCAACAAUGCCAAACUAGAAAUGGUGACGGGUUCAUGGAAACAAGGUGGAGCAGAUAGCCAGGUGCGGAUAGCGCUCCAGAUGGAGGAUGGCUCUCGGCUCCAGGGUUCCUUCUCCUCCGGACAGAACCUGUGGGAGCUGAUCGCACAUUUCCCUCAGAUCAGUGUGUCGGAGCUGUCCGAAUCUGGAGCCACUCCUGCGUGUGUUUACAUGAGAGACGAGGUGAGUGGAGAGGAAGCAUUAAAGAAAACCACUCUAAAGUCUCUGGGUCUCACAGGAGGAAGCGCCAUUGUCAGGUUUUUCCUCAAAAAGGACAAACCAGCAGGAGCGGAGGAUGAACCUGUUGCAAUGGCAUUCACACCUGUUGCGAAGGAAGUCACACCCAGCCCGUCACCUCAGUCUGAUCCUGCUCCAUCGAUUCCAGAGACUGGAACAGAAGUUGUGCCAACUAAUAACUCAAGUCCUCGUGAGCCAUUGGAAACCCCACCUGUGCCAACUCCAGUCCCGGCUGCAAGCUUUAUUACUGAAGAUGCUCCAAAGCAUCAGGAUGUGGUUCGACCCAAAGUCCUUCCCACGGGGAGUGAAACAGCAGUUGAGGAUGGAGAGGAAGCCGGACCAUCAGGAAUAAACUCUCACCCAUCUUCUUCCUCCUCCCCUGCUCCAGCAGAUCCUUUCAUUCCUUUUUCUGGUGGUGGUCAACGCCUCGGGGGUCUGGGUGGCGAGAGUGGACGCUCACUGUCUUCAUCAUCAUCCUCAUCUCUGUCGGCUCUGACCACAGCAGCAGAGUCGCCCAAAGCCAAGAAGGCCAAAUCAAGCCACAGUUCGAGCACUAAAUCUAAAGCUUCUUCCAACUUGCAAGACCGGGAUGUGGACAACAGGGAAGAGUUUUUAGAGCCCAUGGAUAGAGAGCGUCUCAUCUACCACAUGGACUUGGUGUCCCGUCAGACUAAGGACCACGCUGACCUGCCUGACGAGUUCUUUGAAGUGACAGUGGAUGAUGUGCGUAAACGCUUUGCCCAGCUGAAAAGCGAGAGGAAGAUAUUAGAGGAGGCUCCACUUCUCACUAAAUCUUUGAGAGAAGCUCAGAUGAAGGAGAAGAUGGAGCGAUAUCCCAAAGUGGUCCUGAGGGUCCAGUUUCCAGACAGACAUGUUCUUCAGGGCUUCUUCAGGCCCCUUGAGACAGUUGGUGCAGUGAGACACUUUGUGAGAAGUCAUUUGGAGGAUCCUCAGAUCAGUUUCUACUUAUUCAUCACCCCUCCAAAAGUCAUUCUGAAAGACCCGUCGGCUUCGCUGAUAGAGGCCGACUUGUUUCCUGGUGCUCUCGUGUACUUCGGCUCAGACGUCAAAGCAGAGUUUUACAUGAAAAGAGAGCUGCUUGAGACCUCUGUUUCAGCCUUGCAAGCCAAUGAGUCCAUUGCAAGCUGCAUGCUCCAGUCCCCAGAGAUCUGCUCCGGUUCAGUGGCCUUCGAGGAGUCUCCCCCGUCGCCAUCAGAAGCAGGAAUGGACACUGACCCUAAGUCUGUGCAGGAAGAGUCAGAAUCAUAUACACGUUCACAGGGUGGUAAACCAACCAGAUCUGACCCAGGCAAGGUGCCCAAGUGGCUCAAACUGCCAGGUAAGAAAUAGGACGUCAGCUGCGUGUUGAAGGGAGGAAUCAGAGCUGCAUCCAGACCUUUUCUACGCUUCCACAGAGGUGCUGAUCCACCAGAACUCACCUGCUGAUCCACCAGAACUCACCUGCUCCCAGCUGGCUUUUAAAAUACACAUGAAUGGUUGAAAUGAUAGAUUUGAAGAUGAUUGCCGUGUUUCUUUCCAGUCAUGUUCCUGGGAUGAGCAGAAAAGGGCAGAUGAUUGAAUAAAGAUUCUUGUACUAAGA